GUUUUUCUCUCUUAUAUUAGAAAAAAAAGGGAAAAAAUAAGAGCACAGCAUCCCAGCCGGGCCAGACAGUCAGACACACAGACAGACGGACGAUCAGCUGAGAGGGAGACACCAUGGCCGGCUUACUCAGAAAUAUUGCUGUUACGGCGAGUCGCACCGUCCUGCCGCGCAUCACAGCCUCAGCCCAGCGCGGGUUGGCCACCUCCGCGCGAUGCCUGGCCCCAGCGGUGACCCAGCCAGCGCCGACCUUCAAAGCACAAGCGGUGGUCAAUGGAGACUUUAAGGAAAUAUCUCUCGAAGACUUCCGGGGAAAAUAUCUCGUUCUUUUCUUCUACCCGCUGGAUUUCACGUUUGUCUGCCCCACGGAGCUCAUCGCCUUUAGUGACCACAUGGCAGCAUUCCGAGACCUGAACUGUGAGGUGGUGGGCGUCUCUACUGACUCUCAUUUCUCCCACCUGGCCUGGAACAAUAUGCCCAGGAAGCAAGGAGGUUUGGGCGGACUUCAAUACCCGUUGCUGGCUGACUUCAACAAGACCAUCUCCCGGGACUAUGGGGUGCUGUUGGAGGGGGAUGGGGUGGCUCUGCGGGGGCUGUUCCUUAUUGAUCCCGAGGGUGUUGUGCGGCACAUGAGCAUCAAUGAUCUGCCGGUGGGACGCUCAGUGGAGGAGACGCUGAGACUGCUUAAGGCUUUCCAGUUUGUGGCGGAGCAUGGGGAAGUGUGUCCGGCGAACUGGCAACCUGAUUCCCCGACCAUCAAGCCAGACCCUUCCGGCUCCCUCGAGUACUUCAACAAGGUGAACUAAGGCAGUGGUAGUGGUGGUGUCUUUAGUGCCCAGUGUGUCAGCUACCAAGAAACUGAGAGAUUUGUAUUUCCUAAGCUACUACUAGUUUGGGUAGGUCCUGUGUUGGUUUGUGUUGAAGGGUCAUAUUCAGUAAAGAGGUUUUUUUAAUGUAAGAAGGGAAAGCUGGCCAAGGGUAACUUAAAACAUCAAAAAAGGUCCACUAAGCUGCCAGUCCUCUUACAGUUUUUGAGAGUAAGCCAGAAGAAAGGGAUAAAUGUGGUGAGGUAAUUGUAAUUGUGUAAUAAAAGAUGUGCAAAAAUUAUCAAAUGUGCAGUAGUGAUGUAAAGUGUUGAUGCUGAAAGGUAAUACUUCAAAAUUAUGAAAUGUAUAUAAAUAAUGCAAAAAUCUUUAUAAUACUGAAGGGUAAUGUCUGAAAAAUGAUCAAAUGUAGAGAAAUGAUGCAGUCUGUCUAAUACUGAAAGCUAAUACUUUAAAGAUUAUGAAACGUAUUGAAAUGAUGCAAAAAUCUUUAUAAUAUUGAAAGGUAAUGUCAAAAAUCGUUAUAUAUACAGUAAUGAUGGAAAAUCUUUAUAAUAUUGAAAAGUAAUGCUCUAAAAAUUAUGACACAUUGAAAUAAUGCUAAGUCUUUACAAUAUUGAAAGGUAACGCUCUCAGCAAAGAAUACCAUAUGUGUAGUCAUGAUUAGCUUAGCUUACUGUUUGCUUUAGACUGCUUUGGGUCACUCAGGCAAGGGAGUAGAGGUGCUGGAGAAGACUAGAGCACACUUAUCUUAGUUUCAAAGUGUUUUAGUUCUUGUAGCUUGAUCAGUGAGUGCUUCGUUACCCUUGUGUCAGUUGCCAGUUGAAUAAAGACAGUGAAGACAAUUUAUUUUAUCUUAUCUUUUUAUUUGUAUUUAUUUCUUUGUUUAGUGUUUGAUAAAGAAAUGAAUUAAUGGUAACCAAGAAGUGAAGACAAAGAUGAAUGAUAUUAAGAGUUCAGUGACGAGAAGCAAAAAUAUACAUCAUGACAAUCUCGCAAAAGAAAGGAAUGAAAAACACACGAAAGAACAAAGAGAACUGAAAAAUAGAACAAGUCUCUCUUUUAGCUUUCUAUUCCCAAGACAAAUGCAAAAAUUUUCAUUCACUGAUUGAAAAGAAAAAAAAAUUAAAAGAUAAUCAAGAAGCAAAAACAGAAACAUCAGUAAUAAUAAAAUUUUAAUGAAGAAAUGUAAGUUAUUUCAUCUUGUCAUUAACAUCAGUGAUAGUAAAAGUUUUCAUCCAUAAGAGUGUUCAUGUGUCCAACCAUCGCUGUGAAUAAGAGGAUAAGCAAAACUUGUAUAUUCAUUUUGUACACUUUUCUGUAUUCUGUAUUUGCCACAGUGGGUGUAGCUUAUCUGUACUGAAAUACAUAAAGGAUGAAGCCAG